GUGAGUGUCUGCGACUUAAUCCGAUCACGUUCGAUACCAAAUAUGUUGUUUAAUACGAUCCACGGAGGCCACGUACACGAUUGUCCCCACCCGUACAGAAGACAUCACCGAUGUAUAUAAGACCAUCGAUUUGAGUCUUCAAAUCAUCAGUUUGAUAUCGACAGUUAAAUCAACCAAAGAUGUUCAAAUACGUUGUACUCGCCGCUCUUUUGGCUGUAGCCUUCGCCGAUCCCGAACCUAAGGCAAAACCAGGUAUCCUGGCAACAGCUCCAGUCGUAGCCGCCCCACUCGCCUACUCUGCCGCUUACACCGCUCCACUUGCUUACUCGGCUUACUCACCGUACGCAGCUUACAGCGCCCCCUACGUUGCGUCACCGUACGCUUACAGCGCCGGAUACGCUUCUCCGUAUGCCUACUCCGCAUACGCAGCUGCCCCAAUCGUCAAAUACUUUUAA